ACUUUCUAGUUACUCCAAAAACCAAAGGGAGCAAAGAUGUUUAAUAUAGGGUUUUGCCAAAUUGAACCAUGAACCCUAAACCCCAUCUUCCACCACCAUGAGCGACCGUGACCGCCACCGCGACAGAGAAAGAGACCGCAGACGCGACCGUGACGACCACCGCGAUCGCGACCGUGAUAAAGACGACCACCGCGACCGUGACCGAGACCGAGACCGUGACCGAGACCGCGACAGAGCACGCAGCAAGAGAUCCCGCACACGCUCACCUGACCGUGUACGCUCUCGCCAUUCCCGCUCCCGAUCUCCCCUCGACCGUUCCCACCGUCGACGCCACCACCGAACACCCUCCCCUGACCCUCCCAGGAAGCGUCACCGAAGGGAUUCAGUCGAUGAAGAUCACAAAGACCACAAAGAUACGAAGAAAGUGGUGUCUGACUUUGUAGACGGGAUUGCAAAGGAACAGAAGCAGCAGAAGGUGGCAGAGAAUGGGGAAGAGGUUGAGGUGAACGAGGAUGAGUUGGAGAUGAUGAAGAUGAUGGGAAUUCCUGUUGGUUUUGACUCCACCAAGGGGAAGCCGGUACCUGGUGCUGAUGUUAGCGGCAUUAGAGCGGUCACAAAACGGCAACCGAGGCAGUACAUGAAUCGUCGUGGUGGGUUCAAUCGUCCAUUGCCUGCCGAGAAGAAUCGCUAGAUUUCACAUUGUUUUUCAACAAAGGUAAUAUGUUUUGGCAGCGCGGUUCAAUCAUAGGGAAGCUUGGAGCCAGAAACAGUUGAUGGAACUAAAGAAAAAAAAUUGUACGGGUUCUUCUUGUUUCUUUUGACACACUAGUUAUUUUUGUUGAAUUACUGGCCAUCGCUACCUUGAGCUCAAUGUCCAGUGUAAUUUAUUGGGUAGACAAAUGGUUGUAGAUUAUGUUAUUUUUUGCAGGGUUUAAAUGUUGGAUUUUCUGGUUAGUAAUCUUUCGGUGUCCAUCAACUAUUCAAUCUAGCUGACUGCUGGAGACCAAUGUUCCGGGUAAUUGGUUUCAAGCAUGAUUUGAUUGUUAAUCUAAUACUACAAUCUAGGUUCCUUUUUAAUUGUGGGUUUCUUAAAAAUAUUAUUCAGAUUUGUAUGUUGUUUUCAAAUUUUGAAGUUAUAAUUUCGUUAGUAAUGCACUGACCUUAUCAAUUAUUUUAAA